ACGCCAACCCAACCAACCCACCCGCCCCAAGUCCACCCCGCCCCGUGCAGCCGGCCGGCGACGAUGUGCACCCUGGAGCAGCGCGGCCGGGUCUUCGUCCUCACCCUCACGGGCGAGGACCAGCACCGGCUCGGCCACCCGCUCAUCGCCGCCAUCCGCGCCGCGCUGGCCGAGGUGCUCGCCGCGGCCCAGGCCCACCCGCAGGGCCCGGGGGCCGCCCUGGUGACCGUCGCCGAGGGCCGCUUCUUCUCCAACGGGCUCGACAUCGGGUGGGCGGGCGCCUCCCGCGCGCGGCUCGGGGAGCUCGUCGACGCGCUCCGCCCCGUCGCCGCCGACCUGCUGGCCCUCCCCAUGCCCACCGUCGCCGCCGUCACGGGCCACGCCUCCGCCGCCGGCUUCCUCCUCGCGCUCUGCCACGACUACCGCCUCAUGCGCGCCGACCGCGGCGUGCUCUACAUGAGCGAGGUCGACAUCGGCCUCCCCCUCCCGCCCUACUUCGUGCACGUGCUCCGCGCCAAGAUCUCCCAGGCGCACGCGCUGCGGGACGUGGUGCUGCGCGGGAAGAAGCUCAAGGCGCCCGAGGCCAGGGAGAUGGGCAUCGUCGACGUCGUCUGCCCCGGCGCGCCCGAGACCGCCGCCGAGGCCCUCAAGCUCGCCGAGCAGCUCGCCGCCAGGAAGUGGGACGGCGCCGUGUACGCGUCGAUUAGGAUGUCCAUGUUCCCUGAUGCGUGCAGGGCCGUCGGGAUCGCCGUGGAGAGCGAUGAGGAGAAGAGCAGGCACUUCGCUUCCAGGCUCUGAUCAGCAGAGAUCGGAGAGUGUCUAUGUAACCUGAAAUCAAUCCUGGUAUUCUGCACCUGUACAUUGAUCAGCCAUCGAUGUUCUGUAUGAAGCACACAGUACAUACUUCUGCAGACGUUGUAUUUCUCUUGCUUUGGGAGUGUGAAAUAAAGAGAAUGCUUGUGUGUUACUGUUGGACAUA